GCACAUGUGUACUGAAUGUCAUACUGAAGAGGACAGUGUUCAGAACUUUGUGGGGGUUUUGUAAUAAAGAUCUGACACUGUUACAUAUACCAUAAAAUUACAUUACUCAGUAAAAAACUGCAAACCCUUAAUUUUUAUUCAUCAGUGCUCAUGAGCGCAUCCAGGCUGCGGCAACUGAAGAGUCAGAUUUUGCCUGAUAAUAAGCUCACAGCAAUGGCAGGAUCACCUAGUCCUCUGACCACACAUGUGCUGAACACUGCAAUGGGUGUCCCCGGGUCAAAUAUGGCCCUCAGCCUUUAUCAACAAGACCCCUCCACAAACACCUGGAAUUUAAUUACCACCGGGACCACUAAUGAUGAUGGACGUUGCCCUGGACUUAUCGCAAAAGAAUCAUUUACAUCUGGUGUGUACAAAAUGCAUUUUGAGACGGCUCAGUAUUGGGCGAGUUUGGGAGAGACCUGCUUUUACCCCUAUGUUGAGAUUGUCUUCACCAUAAAUGACCCUGGGCAAAAGUACCAUAUCCCUCUGCUUCUGAGUCGUUUCUCUUACAGUACAUACAGAGGGAGCUAGAUAUCAAGCAAGAGGAACCUCCUGAGACUACUCCACCUGUCAGCUGUUUGACACAUCACAUGAUGGCACUGAAUGAACUGUCACACAUCAUUGGACAUAUUGACAAGGCACAAUACUCCAUUUCAAUUAUUUUUUGUUGUUGUAAUAGUGCCACAAUACCCUAUUUUCUUUCUUUAAACAAACAAACAAAAACACUUAUUGAUAUAUGCUGUACUUUAGUCUACCAUAGCAACUAUUGUAAGCUGUUAUUUUAAGAUGUGUAACGUCUAAACUAUCAAAUAAUUCAUCUCUCUCAAUCACCAGCGGAGUUUCUGUAUGCGAUACAAACUGAAACAUAUACAUAUUGAUUGAUAAAUUGUGUUACAUGUGCACUGCCUUUAAAAAGAAAGUAACCUUCAAGAAACCUCUUCAGGUUCUGUGAAACCUGAGAGUAUAUCGUCACAAGAACCAUACAAAUCACUGUAGGAUAAAGUUAAGAUUUUUCAUAUUUCCAGUUAGAAAUACUUCUUCCAAUAUUACCCCUA